AUGAAGUGGACAGCUUGUCCAAGCGAGCACGACAUUCCAGCGGAGGGAAACUUCCGUUUGUGGGACGAAAACCUCGCGCAAGGGCUUCGUCGUCGUGUUCAAGGAUCUCCGAAGACGGAGCAAGAGUCGUGGCACGCCAUCACAGACCACAUCCACGUCUUUUCCGCGUUCCUGGUCACCACUAACGAGCACGCCAUUCACAUCACCAGCCUCGUGCGAAGCCACGACACAAAAGGAAAUGGUGCUCCCAUCCUACACCCACCUCUGGUGUGCAUCAUUCGAACCUCCAAGAAGACCAUCACGUUCAGAGCCCACAUCCGGCUGGUGUGGACCUAUUAUAAUCCGAGCUUUAGGAACGCGCUGAUUCUGUGCCCACCACCGAAGAAAGAAUUUCUCCAGGAUGAGGACAUAAGCGUGGCAGUCGCGGCACAACAUUCCCGUGCGCGUUCAUUGCGGUGGCUCCGACUGCAACGGCCGCCACAGAAAUCCCCAGAGAAGUGUUGCGCCGUAUGUGUUAGGCCUCUAUUCGGUGCCAUAAGCCUGUGGAAGGUCGUUGAAUUCAUUGCGCAUUACCGGGCCGUGGGAGCGACAAGUUUCUACUUUUACGACCUGAAUGUGACCUCGGACCUGAAACUUCUUGUCUCCAGGAUGCAAUCCUUGGGACUCGACCUGACCUUCAUCCCUUUCAAGCUUAUUAUGGACACUACUGUCGAACACGCCCACGUCCACGCUCAUGGCCAGAUGCCCGCUCUGUACGACUGCAUAUUCCGGUCCUUGUCCAAAAUGGACUACCACGUGCACGUCGACAUCGACGAGCUCAUGGUUCCGAUGCCGAAUUUCAGCAUGCCGGCCAUGGUCGAAGAGGCGGAGCGCAUUAGCAAUCGUUCUUUGGGAAGCGUUCGGGUGCCUAGCAGGUAUCAUUGCCUCGAAUACCCUCAAAACACGCAAUACGCGAGCCGCGGACUCUUGCCUCUUCAAACGAGGCUGUCUGUCUAUCAUCCCGGGGACAUAAAAGACUCGGGGUUCACGAAAUACAUCGCUCGCUCGAGAACAGUGUGCGAGGCGGCGGUUCACGAAGUCCUGAGGCACUGUGCGAGAAAUACUUGGUCAUUUUUAGAUAGCUACAAGCCCUACAUCAGGCAUUACAGGCAGUGCUGUCGUUUCGCUGAGUCGAGCCAUGCUGCCAGGCUCGGCCACUUCUGGAACGUUACUAGCCUGUCUGCUGAUACAUCAUUUAUGGAGUUAUCUGCGCGUAUUGAACGCGAUCCUUUAGUGAGGACACUAAUGCGUGUAAAUAUGAAUUCAUCGUGUCACUGACGUUGUUUCCCUCAAUGCUACUAAGGAGUUUAAC